AUGUCUCAAUACGGUCGUCCAAAUUCUUGCAAAGCUGAUGAUCCAAAAGGAUCAAAUACUAAAGAAUAUCGAGCUCGUGAACCUUGGUCAACAUCAAGAAACGCUAAAAACCAUCAAUAUUCAUGGUGCCAAUUUGAUGAAGCAGCAAAACAUUUUCAGGAAAAAAUGGAAGCGGUGCAGAAGGAGCUCAUCAAUGAUGUUAAGAAAUUGUCUUCAUCAUCUACACCAGUGGCUUUGAAUGUUAAUCCAAAUAUUGGUUUUCUACCGGAUGAACCAGUAUUAAUUGCUGCAGAAGAACCAUUAUUUGAUAUUACAAAUGAAAACGAAAAUAUUAUAGAUAUGGCUAUUCGUUUGUCGUCUCAAUCAACUAUGAUGUUGAAUAAGAUAAAAGAUUUGGUAGAUAGUACACGUCUUCCUUUCCAUGUUAAAUACCGUCUUGAACUUCGACCUGCAUCCUUUUAUGAUACCGAUAUUCAACAUCAACUGUGGGAAUUGAGAAUGAAUCUUGAUCCAGUUAGUUGGUUUGAUUUGCAAUGGCGUCAAUGUGGUGAUGAUCAAGAGAAACAACAUACAUGUCUAUCAAAAGCACGUUCAUACAUUAAAAAAUAUCGUGCGUAUAUUCCUGAACAGAUGCCAUAUGAAUCAUUACAAGAACCUAUAAGAGGUCCACAAUAUGGUGAAUAUCCAUUGACUUCUACAAUAAAUCAAUAUCCAGAUCAUCAAAAACCUGUUACAAUUGUAUGCCACGCCAGAAAAACGAGACAGAGAGAUAAUGGUAAUGGCGAAUGUGGUCAAUAUAUCAUGGAUGAACAUAUUGUGAUGCAAUGGUCUGUAAAACCAAUUAUUCAAUUGUUCGACUGGCAAACGUUUCAUUCGUCGCAAAUGGAAAGCCAAAAACGAAAUCUUGCUAAAGACGUACAUUUUAUUUUUACUGCAAACAGAGAAAUUAUUCGAGAUCUUGUUAUUUUUCCUAAGCCACCGUGGCAUUUAACUAAUCGACAAUUAGUUCAACAACCUUUUUUCUGGGCAACAGCGAUAUUGACUAUUAGAAUGUUACAUCGUCAAUUAGAAGAAAAACUAUUAGUUCAACAAGAAAUAUGGCCUGUAGAAGCUGUUGCUAUCAAUUUCGGUCAAUGGGAAACUGCUGGAUCUUACGACAAACGACUUAUGAAUUGUCAUGCUCAUGCACAUUUGUUACUUGAUUUAGCAUUUAUCAAUGCGUGUGAUGAUACAUUUUUUUCUGCACUUAAAGGUCGAGUAGAUCAACCACCGAAUUA